CACUCGCUCUUCCUUCACACUCCUCUUCCUUUGUGUGUAGUAAGAUCAGUGAGUUUUGAGAACUUGAAAGGUUUAGCAAUGGCGAUGACGCCAAAAGAACACAUAGGAGAGUUAAGGAAAACGAAGUUCUCCAUCGGAGGGGAAUUGAAUCCUCUAACAGAGGAUCUCCAUCAAGCCGUCAAGAAUCUCUCUGCUGAGCUCUACGCCAAAGAUGUCCAUUUCCUCAUGGAGCUCAUCCAGAACGCAGAAGAUAAUGAGUACCGGGAAGGGGUGAAGGCAUCACUGGAGUUUAUAAUAACAUCUCGGGACAUCACAGCUACUGGAGCUACUGCUACGUUGCUGGUUUUCAACAAUGAGAGGGGUUUCUCUCCAAAGAAUAUUGACUCCCUUUGCGGUGUAGGGAGGUCCACAAAGAAAGGGAACCGGCAACGAGGUUACAUCGGCGAGAAAGGAAUUGGCUUCAAAAGUGUAUUUCUGAUAACAGCUCAGCCUUACGUUUUCAGUAAUGGGUAUCAGAUAAGGUUCAGCGAAGAUCCAUGUCCAGAUUGCAAUGUUGGAUACAUUGUACCAGAAUGGGUUGAGGAGAAUCCUACUGUUGCAGACAUAAAACAGAUAUAUGGUUCUGCUAGUACUUUUCCAGCCACAACAAUAGUCUUACCUUUGAAAUCUGAUAAGGUGGGACCUGUUAAGCAACAGCUUUCCUCCAUGCAUCCCGAAGUUCUGUUAUUUCUUUCCAAGAUCAAGCAGCUUUCUAUUAGGGAAGAUAAUGAGGAUCGUAGACUCAAUACAGUUAGUGCAAUCUCUAUUUCAAGUGAGACUGAUUUUGUUAUGAGGAAGAACAUCGAUGCAGAGUCUUACACCCUUCAUCUCUCAACUGAGGAAAAUGAUAAGGAAAGCGAAAGAGAAUGCAGCUACCAUAUGUGGAGGCAGAAAUUUCCUGUUAUGCUGGAAAACAGAGUAGAACGAAAGGAGGUUGAGGAAUGGAUGAUCACUCUAGCAUUUCCAAAUGGACAGCGUCUUAAUAGAGGGAUGAACUCACCUGGGGUCUACGCAUUUCUGCCAACAGAAAUGGUCACAAAUUUUCCCUUCAUAAUCCAAGCUGAUUUUAUUCUAGCAUCAUCCAGGGAAACUGUUCGCUUGGACAACCAAUGGAAUCAGGGGAUUCUUGACUGUGUGCCCUGUGCAUUUGUUAAUGCUUUCAUCUCACUUGUGAAGAAUACUGAAGCUGCUCCAGUAUCUGCAUUGGCCCGUAUGUUUGAUUUCAUACCUGUUAGAAGCUCUUCAUAUUCAAAGCUGAAUUCCGUGAGGGAGAAGAUCAAAGAGAAACUGAUUGAUGAAGCCAUAAUUCCAUGUGAGUCCUACACUGACCAGAAGUUCUUUUGUAAGCCCAGUGAAGUAGGUAGGAUAAUGCCUUCUUUCUGGAAUAUCUUGAUCAAAGCAAGGAAGCAGGGUGUCAGCUUGCAUAAUUUGUCAUCCCAUGGAUUGUAUGUUCUAAAUUCAGCAUUUGAUAGAAAGGAGUACGAUGAAGUUCUGAAUUUCUUGGGAGUGAAACCAAUGGAUAAUGAUUGGUACGUGAAGUGCAUCCUGAGUUCUAAUCUAGUAAUGGGAGUUUCAGAGGUUGUUUAUAUGGAGCUUCUAUUUUUUCUUGCCAGUAAUUGGGGUUCCUGCUUCAAAAACACAAAUGUCAAGAACCUUCCCCUUCUAAAAUAUGUGACCCAAGAUGGGAAGAUAUCUUUAUUGAGUAUCAAUGCAGUGACACAGGGAAAUGGUUGUAGAGUAUGUCUAUCAAGUGAUGCUUGUCAAAUUUCAUGGUUGAUCGAUUGGAACCGAGAAUUCAGAUGUCCUGGAAAUCAGUUCUUUAUGCCAAAAAGCACACAGGAGGCUCUGCGAAUAUAUCCCAAGAGGGAAUCGAUAUUAGAAUGGCUUGAAUAUCAUGUGGAAAUUCGUUCUAUGAGCACUUCUAUUUAUGCCUCUCUUCUCGUUGACUCUCUGAACAGUGACAGGAAGCUUGUUAUUGCCUUAGCUCACUUUUUGCAUCACUCACUCUCUUACAACUAUCUGUCUGAACGGGAAGUUGUUCAGUUAUGUGGUUAUAAAAUGCCCAUAGUUGAUAACUAUGGAUCUGUAUCUAGACGAAGAAGUGGUGUUCUUGUCCCUGCAAAUGGAAGCAAGUGGGUGAGAUUGAUUGGUACAAAUCCAUGGAGGGGAGAAAACUAUGUUGAAUUAGGGGAAGACUACUUGCAAGCUGGCCAUUUUGCGGGUAUUUAUACAUCAGAGCAACAGCUCAUGACAUUCAUGAAAACUUAUGUCGGAGCUUCUGAUAUCCCGGAUCUCUGUCCUCCCAAUGCUGUAUUUCCCACAGUAUCUUCUCCCUUGACCAAGGAGAACACAUUUUUGUUGUUAGACUGGAUUAGAACCAUGAAACGUAAUGGAAUACAAAUGGAGGGAAAGUUCUUGAGAUGUGUAAGGGAAGGAAGUUGGCUGAGAAUUUCUUUGGGCAGCAGUUCAGGUUACAGGCCUCCUUCGCAAUCAUUCCUAUUGACCCCAGAAUGGGGUAUUCUCUUGCAGAAUGGGUCUGUGCUAGUUGAUAUUCCUUUGAUAGAUCAAGGAUUCUAUGGUUAUAGAAUCAGUGAAUAUGUGGAGGAAUUGAAGACACUGGGAGUGAUGUCUGAAUUUAGAGAAGCGUGCCAAUUCAUUGGGAAGCAUCUCAUGUCUCUGGCAGCAGCAUCAAAUUUAACCCGAAGCAAUGUGCUUUCAAUGCUUUAUUUCAUUAAAUUCUUAAGGGGGAAGUUUUUGCCUGUUGAAGAUCUUGUCAUGAAUAUAAAAGAAGGAAGAUGGCUUAACACUUCCCACGGGUACAGGUCUCCUGUUGGAUCCAUUUUGUUUGAUUCAGAAUGGAAAGGUGCCUCACAAAUUAGUAACCUCCCCUUCAUUGAUCAAGACUACUAUGGUGAGGAAAUUCUCAAAUUCAGAGAGGAGCUUACGUUGCUAGGUGUUAUUGUUGGCUUCAACCAAAAUUACAAGCUCGUGGCUGACUACUUCAGAUUGCCAACUUCAUUAACUUCUAUUUCACCUGAUACUGUUCUUUUCAUUUUGGAAUGUAUUCGGUGUUCAAGGUCAACGGGGAAACUUGUUCCAGUGUUAAAAGAUAAAAAAUGGUUGAGGACCAGUCUUGGCUACAAGUCUCCUGGUGAAUGUUUCCUGUACAGUCCUGAAUGGGGUUGCCUUCUGCAGGUGUUCAGUGGUUUCCCAGUGAUUAGUGAAAAACUCUAUGGAAGUACGAUUUUCUCUUACAAAAAUGAGUUGAAGGAAGCAGGAGUAGUGGUGGACUUUGAGGAAGCAGCAGCCAAAUUUGCUUGCUAUUUUAAGCAGCAUGCAUCCUCUGCUACAAAGGAGAAUGUACUCUCAUUUCUCUCAUGUUACAGACAAUUAAAUGAUGCACGCCUUAAAUUUCCAACAGAUUUCAGCAAGUGCAUCCGUGAAGAAAAAUGGUUAAGGACUCGUCUUGGCAACAGGUCUCCUAAGGACUCUAUAUUGUUUAGCCCAGAUUGGCUUUCUAUCUCUCCAAUUGCAAGACUUCCAUUCCUCAAUGAUGAUGGCAAUAACUAUGAAAAUUACAAAGCUGAGCUGAAGGCAUUGGGAGUUGUCAUUGAAUUCAAGGAGGGAGCAAAGUUUGUGGCAGCUGGCAUUCGUAUCCCUGCAAAUCCAAUGGAUUUAACCCCUAAGAAUGUGACUUCAUUGCUGGAUUGCAUCCGAAAUUUAAAGCAUGAAAAGAGUGAUACCUUACUUGCAGAGUUUUUGAAGAGAAUUAAUACAAGAUGGAUGAAGACUCAUAUGGGUUACCAAACUCCAGAGAAAUGUUUGUUGUUUGAUACAGAGUGGGCUUCAUUCUUACAGCCAGAAGAUGGGCCAUUCAUUGAUGAAGAAUUUUAUGGCUCCAGCAUGAUGUCCUACAAAGAAGAGCUCAGUGCAAUAGGUGUCACGUUAGAUAUUAAAAAUGGGUGCACCUUGCUUGCUAGUCACCUGGAAUCGCAUUCUCAAGUUACUGUGAUAGCUCGAAUUUACAAGUACUUGAUGAAAUGCAACUGGGAGCCUGACAAAAAAGAAGCUAGGUGGAUUUGGAUUCCAAAUAGAUGCAACAAGGGAGAGUGGGUCAGCCGUGAAGAAUGUAUCCUUAUUGACAGGGAUAAUCUCUUUGGGGCACAGUUGAAUGUUUUAAGCGAGUAUUAUGAGAAGGAACUACUAGGAUUCUUUUCCAUGGCUUUGGGAGUGAGACGUACUCCUUCAAUUGAUGACUACUAUAAGCUCUGGAAGGAAUGGGAAAAUUCAGGACACCAAUUAACAGAGUCUGAUUGUUGUGCCUUCUGGGUUAAUGUUGCAAAGCUUUGGACCGAAAAGGCAAAGAAACAUUUUGCGGAAAACUUACUGAAAGUUCCUGUGGAGACAGGCACAGGUGGAAUUCUGUUGUCCAACAAACAAGACGUCUUCAUCCCAGAUGAUCUGCAAUUGAAGGAUAUGCUUCAGAAGGCUUCCAUUCAUCCAUUAUUUGUCUGGUGUCCGCAGCGAAGUAUGGAAACUCUUCCUCGUAGUAAGCUUCUUGAAAUGUACAGCAAUGUUGGAGUCCAGACCAUAUCUGAAUCCAUACAGAAGGAUGAAUCCUCCAUACCAGACGGUACUGAAUUCAAGAAGGUCGAACCAAAAGACAUACUCAUCAGAGAAGGGCUGCUCAGACUCAUACUUGGGUUCCUAGCCGACCCGGCACUCAAAAUGGAUGUGGAAACAAGGCAUCAGACAAUCGAGUAUCUUCUUGAUCUUGCUGUGUUUGAGACGGGAAAAUCCCUUACUGUGAGUUAUAUCUUACCACUCUCUUCAGGAAAGAAUGUGAAUGCAGAGGUAAACCAAAUGAUUCGUUGGGAGAGAGAAAAUUCAAGGCUCUUUAUACAGAAGGCUUAUACACCAUCUGGGCAUAAAGCCAACAUUGAAUUUGCUACACAUUUUUCCAAAGUGAUAUCUGAGCAACUGUUAUGGGAGAAGGAAGAUCAGAUUUCUGGACUAUCUGAGCUGAUCAAGUUGGGUGUUCUGCUGGAAUUUGAAGAAGAAGCAAUCAAGUUCUUGAUGAAGACCAAAAAUCUGCAACUUCUCAUGGAGGAUGAGGAGUUCUUGGCAUCAGUAUUGACAUCUAACUAGCCAGCCAGCACAAAUUUAUGUUUGUUCUGUUCGUCUAUCUAUCCUAUACCUCAUAUUUCUGGUUCUUUAAUGUUUUAAAGUGUGUUUUGUUACUCUAUAAACUCUUUGUGAUGUCAA